CGGGGCCGGAGGAGCGCGCCUUCCUCUUCCUGGCUGGGCGUCCGCGCUCGAGGGGCCCCGGAGCGGACCAGGCUCGGGUCACAAUGAAUAAUCCUAUACCUUCCAAUUUGAAAUCGGAAGCAAAAAAGGCUGCUAAAAUUCUAAGAGAAUUCACAGAAAUAACUUCCCGAAAUGGACCUGAUAAGAUCAUUCCUGCCCAUGUGAUUGCCAAGGCCAAGGGCCUUGCGGUUCUGUCUGUGAUAAAAGCUGGGUUUCUGGUAACGGCGCGAGGAGGCAGCGGGAUCGUGCUGGCUCGUCUUCCGGACGGAAAGUGGUCUGCACCGUCUGCCAUCGGAAUCGCGGGGCUCGGUGGAGGAUUUGAAAUCGGAAUCGAGGUGUCGGAUUUGGUGAUAAUUUUGAAUUAUGACCGAGCGGUAGAAGCUUUUGCAAAAGGUGGCAACCUAACCCUCGGAGGGAAUUUGACUGUGGCGGUCGGGCCUUUGGGACGGAAUUUGGAGGGAAACGUCGCCCUGCGGAGCUCGGCUGCCGUCUUCACGUACUGCCGGUCCCGGGGGCUCUUUGCUGGCAUCAGCUUGGAAGGCAGCUGCUUGAUUGAAAGGAAAGAGACCAAUCGGAAGUUUUAUUGUCAAGAUGUUCGAGCGUAUGACAUUUUAUUUGGAGACAUGCCGCGGCCUGCUCAGGCGGAGGAUCUUUAUGAAAUCCUUGAUGCGUUCACGGAGAAGUAUGAGAGCGAAGGACAGCGGAUCAACGCGAGGAGAGCCGCCCGGGAGCGCAGGAAGGCUUCGGCUCAAGAACUACCUCCAAAACCACUGUCAAGACCACAGCCAUCAUCUCCACAAGGCCCGCUGAGCUCCGGCUCACAGAGUAACAGAAACGAAUAUAAGCUCUACCCUGAACUUCCCAGCUAUCCUGAGAGACUUGGCAAUUCCAGUCAACCCAUAGAAGUGACAGCACUUUAUUCUUUCGAAGGACAACAGCCAGGGGAUCUGAGUUUUAAAGCUGGAGACAGAAUCACAGUGACGUCAAAAACGGAUUCGCAUUUUGAUUGGUGGGAAGGAAGGCUUCGAGGUCAGACUGGCAUUUUUCCAGCCAACUAUGUUACCAUGAAUUGAGCUUUAUACUAUUUUCUUCUUGGAGAAUUACAAAAAAUAAUUGUUUCCUCACUGACAGAACUUACUAUCCAGUUAAGCAACGUUGAGAGUAAGUUUAAAAAUUUGGCAAGAAUAAGAAACAAAAGACACACAUAUUGGAAAGGAUAAACAUGUACCUUUAUGUAAAAGGAUUUAUUUUUCCACCUAUAAAUAAAUGAUUAACUUAUAUAUCUUUAAUGCUUUGUACUAAUUUUAUCACAUAUACUAUUUAAUAGUUAAGAUCCUCAAUUUAUAUGGUUGCAGUUCUUUUGUGUUUAUUUUCGAACAUCAUAAAUGAUUUGGCAAUGUAUAUGGUAACUGUUUCUUUUCGUUUGAGAAUCUUGAGUGUAGGGGCAUGAAUACACAUAUUUUUGCAAAGUGAGUAGAAAAAAGAAAUCAGCUUACACAGGCAAGUAGUAGCAAUACUUAGAGUUGUAGGUAUUAACUAGAAUGUGAAUCCUUAGAAUUUAUCUUUAUAGCUGUAAAAAUUGUGUAUAGACAUUUAUAGUAGAAACACUAUUACAAAGAAGUUCAACCACUAUGCAUUAAAAAUAUCUAUAAUUUUUCUCUUCAUAAGGUUAUGUUUGUUCAUUUCCAGCAGGAGCAAAAGCAACUUCUGUUGACAUGGUUUAGUUAUCCCUAAAUAAAUGUUUUUCAAAUGCUAAA